AUGGCAAACGAAACAAGUGAUUGUGGACACCAUGAACAAAUGGCAAUUGUUUUGAUAUUUUUUGAUGAUAAGCUUAAUUCUCCAGUAGAACAUUUAGUAGCUAUUCGCAGACUUACAUCAGUAAACGCCCAAGCUAUUUUCAACGAGUUAAAAGUUGUUCUCUCCGUAUUGAAAGUAUAUUGGAAGAAUGUGUUAUCAGUUUGCUUUGGUGGCGCGGCAGCCAUGUCAGGAAGUGUAUCAGGAGUUCAGAUGAGGUGGGCUUGUCUCGCGGAAGCUGUUGCCGUGAUAAAAAUUAAUUAUUCAGCCAUCCUUAGAGCUCUUACUGAAAUUAUUGAAACAACUAAACAAAGUGAUGUUAAAGUUAAAGAAAUUGGUUUAUUACAUCAAGUAAAAUCUUUUAAUUUUAUAUUCGGGUUAACAAUGAUGCACCCAAUACUUCAAUUAAUUGUUAAAGUAAGUAAAUUGCUACAAAGUCCCGAUAUUAAUCUGAUUAAUGCUAUGGCCAGCAUAAAGUCUCUUCGAGCAGCUUUUUUAAAUUUAAGAAAUCAGAUAUCAAGUCGCUUCGAUGAAUUUUCCAAAACACAACAUUAUUAUGAAACUAAGGAAGAAGAAAUACGAAGUUUGUGUUUUUAUCAAAUGUUAGAUAAUAUGGUAGCAUCAUUAGAUUUAAGACUUCAGCAGGAAACAAUCAAAAUUAUAAAUGCUGUGGGAAAUCUCUUAAAUCUAAAAUUAAAUAAAGAAGAAGCAGCUGUGUUAGAAGAAAAAUUCAAAAUUUCUCAAGAUGAGUUAAUGGCAGAAAGAAGAUUGUUAAAAGCAGAUCAGACUGUACUUACUGGAAAUUCAGCAACAACGUUAAGUGGAUGGAUCCAGUGGAUGCAAGAAAAUGAAAAAUAUAAAAUGUACACGUCUUUUAAUGCAGCAAUUCAAACAUUUUCUGUCAUCCCCGUGACAAGUUGCUCAUGUGAAAGAGCGUUUUCUAAAUUGACGCACGAAUUAACGGCCAAUGUUGAAGCUUCUGAAAUUAUUGAAGAAUUUAAAAGUAUUAUGCCAUUUCAAAGGCGAUUGUUAUUAUAA